AUGAAGUAUUGGUUGCUGAUAGCGUCAGUUAUAGUUGUGGCCACUGCCCACGGUGGCCAUGAGCAUGAUCAUAGUCAUACCGACCAUAACGAUGGCCAUCUGCGUGCUGUCGUCAAAUUGCAAGAGCCCCAAGGCGAUAAGGUGCAUGGCAAGGUGACCUUCACCCAGCAGCCCGAUGGCAAAGUACACAUCGAAGGCCUUAUCGUCGGCAUGCCUCCAGGUCACUAUGGAUUCCACAUCUACGAGAAAGGAGAUAUCACAGAAGGAUGUAGUUCCAACGGCGGUCAUUUCAACCCGGAAAAUAAGGAGCAUGGUCACCCCAACGACGAGAACCGUCACGCUGGUGAUUUGGGCAACGUUGUGUUCGACGAGAAUCACGUCAGCAAGGUGGACUUUUGGGACAACGUGAUCAAACUGUCGGGACCGCAUUCCAUCAUCGGUAGAGCCAUUGUCCUACAUUCGAUGGCUGACGACUACGGGAAGACUGAGCAUCCGGAUUCUAAGAAGACUGGAAACGCCGGACAUCAUGUAGCUUGUGGUGUCAUCGGAUAUUUGUAA